CAAUAACUAUCUUUUCCUUACAGAUCAAACAGGCAUCAUCCAUACUGGAGGUCCAUGCUGCUAUAGCCAGUGCAGCCUCAAAUCUGGCGCUAUUGGGAUCCCUGACGGUUAUCAGAACGAUGACAGACAGGGAUGAGGUUGUGGAGUCUGCGCUAAAGUUCUAUUUGGACAACCGACUACAUGUCCCUCUCCAACAAUUGCGGCAAGGUUUGGAGUGCUUGGGGGUGCUGCAGGCGGCAGUAGGGAGCACUGCUUUUAGAAGGCUGUUUUCAGGUGGACCCCCUGCCCCACUGACAGCAGAGCAGGUGAUGCAUAUGUUUGCAGUCAACUACUCGGUUCGAGGGAGCUCACGCAGGUCAGAGGAGGAGCGGGCAGUUGGCUACUGGAGGGACUGGCUCAUCGAUGUUGAAGCUGGAGAUGCUGUUUUGGUGGUGGAGGACACGGAGAACAGAGUGACGCUGAACCAGCUCCUCAUGUUCGUCACUGGGGCAGACAGAGUUCCUCCCCUGGGAUUCCCAGGAGAGCCAACUAUAAACUUUUUGCACACUGUCACGGUCUUCCCGGAAGCAAACACCUGUGCUAUGAUUCUAAAGUUGCCGCUACACAACACAUUUGAAUCCUUCUCUGAUUCGAUGAUAUCAGGAAUCAUCCAGUCCCCCUGUUUUGGUUAUGCCUAAUUUUUUGCUGCUAUUUAAACUUUUUUUUUGCAUGUUUUGCAUCUUUAAAUAUGUUGUUAUGCAUGUUCUGCAUCUUUAAAUAAACAAUGUUCCAGUUCCACGUUUU